GACUUGGAUCCUAGAUUGGACUGUUAACAAUUCAGGUUCUUGAUGCAUUUAUGGAAAUUGCUUCCAAGGCCUUGAUACUAGCCAUCUGAUUGGUGGCUUGCAUUUAUGGAAAUGGUUUGCAAGGCCUUGAUACUAGCCAUCUGAUUGGUGGCUUGCAUUUAUGGAAAUGGUUUGCAAGGCCUUGAUACCAUCCAUUUCCAUAUCAACAUCUUCCAAGUUCUAUAAUGAACUUCUUUUUAAUUUCUUUGAACUUUGCAUAGAGUGAAGUCUAAUUAAUCUAUUUAGUGAGGUAUCUAGCCUGUUUUACAUUCAGGUAGAAUUUCCAGCAAAUGGAUAUAUAGGUAAGAAAAUACAGCAAGGGUCUACAUUCAACUGUAAAAAAAAAUGAAAAAAGGAACAAAGGAACAAAUAUUUAAUGGACUUCCAAUGCCUGCUGAACUUUUAACCCAUGGUUCCCACUUCUACAAACUGACAACCCACGCAUACUUUGUCGGCAAGUAUUGUAUAAUACCUCUAUUGUCUUAUUUGGUCAUCAUGCUUGGACUGUACAUUAGUUGAACCAUGAGAACUUGGGAAGGUCUUCUCCUUCUGCAAGCAGGUGAGGUUUGUCAAAUUGAGGAGAAUGCUCUCAGGGAAAACUCAGAGUGAAGCCAUUUUUCUUUGUUGAUGGUUUCUGUUUUCUUUGCUCUCAGCGAAAAGUCAGAGUGAAGCCAAUCUCACGAUUCUUUAAAUGUGUGUUUGGAUGCUCAAGUUUGACUGGAUUUAUAUAGGCAAUGACCAAAAUGGAGGGAAGCCAUUUUUUUAUUUCCUAGUGACGACAUGCACCUAUUUCCAUUUCAUCAAAAUCAAGAGAUUCCUUUAAAAUGUUAUAAAUAGUUCUUUGUUCAUGCAUCAAGUGAUGGCAACAAAUACACAUAUAAAUAUGUUUUGUUUUAGUUUUGAAAAUAUAUCAUCAAGUGGGUACUUUUGUAAUCCAGUUAUCUUGGCCAUAUUACAUUCUAAAUCUAAUAAUGACUUUGAAUGUUUACAUAAUUAAUAUUUUGCAUUUCUCAAUUCCUCAAAUGUUUCUCUUAAUUAAAACAACAAUGAAAUGUGCACCUUCUAGAUAUAAUAGAUUCUGCACCUGUUGCCCAUAGGAAAUCUUUUAAUGGAAUGUGCACCUUCUACAUAUAGAAGUUAUUACUAAAUGCUUCAGCAGCCAGCCAGGUGCCAAAUCCUACUGAUGAUUGUCCAAUUGAUACAGUCCAACAAAAAAGGAUGUUAAGGAAAAAAUGUCUUGAUGGAUAUCUGUUUUAUCUAUUCGCUUUGGUUUUGAAUAGAACUAUGAGGUUGAUAAAAAGAACACAAGCAAUCAGUCACUGAGUGCUUCAUCCAUGGCCCUAAACACCACAGCCAAAGAUUUCAUUUAGCUAUAGAUAUAACCCACUACAUGAGUUUAAGCGGCAAUAAAGAAUCAUGCACCAGUUGUAAAUUCAGAGUACCACUAUAAGAACUAUAGAUUUGCUUUAUAACACUAAAUAGCAUCCAAAACUUCUGCUCUUGCUGCAACAGAUUGGAUAAAAUAUAUGAAUGCAAUCCCCAUCAAAAUCUGCACCUAGGGGAGCACAAAUAAGAGGGUUGAUCUUAACAGUGUGGUCAUCAUGCACAUAGACAAAAAAUGCUUGUAAAUUGUAAUGAAUGUUUAUGAGUACUGAUUUGGAGGGUUACACCAACCCCAUUGUUGUUUGGGAGGGCAUAGUUUGGUGGACAGAAAUUAGUGGCUGUGAUUGUGAUGGAUGUCCCCUUCAAACACCAUUGAGGAUCCUGUGUUGAGUCACAAUCCUUUUUUAUUAUUAGAACAACAAUACAAGUUACUUCCUGAUUGCUCAACAGCCACAUGUAGGAUGGCUGGUCAAAUAUGAUUCUUAUAAAUUUUUUCCAUUGGGUUUCUAUGACAUGUGACAGUCAUACAACACUUCAGAGGUCUGAAAAAUAUUAAAAUGCUUCAACUGAUGCUACAAUUUUGAAGCAAACAAAUUCCAGCAUGUAACUAACAAAUUUUUUUCUUUUUCCUUUUUUUUCCCCCUUACAGGAGAGACUGUGAUGACCCAUACUUGCAAAGUGACAAGAUGGAUGUGUUUUGGAUUGGGCAUCAAGUUGGAGUUUGUGUUGGGUCAGCUUAUUGGCCAGAUCCUCUGACUGGUUCAGUUUUUUACCGGUAUUAAAUUCUUGGAUUCCAGAAAGUAGGAGAUGGUGAUCAACUUGGAUAAUUUCUAAGCAGUCUGCAUCAAUGAAUGAGUUGGUGGAUUCUCCUGAUUGCAUUAGAAAUGGCCCUUUGGUCAGCUUAUACUCUGUCUAGUUCAAGAUGACUUAGCUGGGUUCAGCAUGUUGGCUCGGAGAAUUUUUAAGGUGAUUUUUUUCCUCUUCAUCAACUGGAAGCCGAAUUCUAAUGGUGGUAAUGAGGGUAUGUUGGGCCAAAGGGAGUUAAGGGGUCUGUGAUCAACUGAUCAUUUCAUGCUGCAUUUUAUCUUAUAGAUAGAGUUUUGAAAAUUAUGCUGGCAUGGGCUGGAGAUGAGUCAAUAUGUAAGAUUGACAAGCAUAGAUAGAAAAUUACCUAAAUAGAUAAGCCUGCCUAAAAAAUAAUUAGGAACUUCAAAAUAGAAAACAAAAGAAAAGGAAAAUGAAAAGAGACAAAUAUCAGUUUGUUCAAUGAGGAAGUAAAUGCAUGUAUGCAUCUGAUCCAACACGCAUUUGUUGCUGCCUUUAGGACAAUAGUUGUUAAUUUGUGGCUACCAUGCUCUGCCUUUGCCAUCACACGGAGCUGAAUGGGCUAAGGUGAUUUGCACUUGGUGUCCUGAUGAUGCCGACAAACCUAGCUGAUUGUUUGCAUUGAGGAUGCUGAUUAACUGAUUAUUUGCAGAACUAGGAUGGUGUGGCAGUGCAACUGGAGAGAAGGUGUUGUGCAGGACUGCAGAAUUGACGUAAUCCUUACUGACUACUGUAUGCCAGAAAUGAUCAGCCAUGACCUUCUUAAGGUUGUGAAGGAGCACAAAUGCUUGAAAUCUAUUCCUGUUGUGGUAAUGUCAUCCGAUAAAGAGCCACGAAGAAUCAGCAGUGGGUUGAUCCUCUUGAGGCCUGAUCAUGGUGGCCCACUCCAGUUUGCAGCAGCUGCGAUAUUUCUUAGUAAAUUAUACAAAGACUAUCUUGGUAUUAUUAGGAGUCACGGAGGGAGUCAUGAUUCUUAGUCAUUUUCCAUGAAGUGUCGUUUGUUGAUAAUGUGGGUUUGAAGCUCAUCAUGUUGUGUGCAUGAUAUCCAGUCUGUCCAUCACAUUCACCACCACAUUUUCUUCUUAUAUCCCGAAACUCAGGCCCAUUCAUGACUUCGAAUUAACUACAUUAAGCAUUUUGGUGGUUUAAUACAAACUGUCUAAAAUUUAUUUCUUGAUCUGACUUUGCUUUACACUUUAGUUUGAAUGUAAUCGUUAACUAAGAAAAGUGCGAACUAGCUUAUAUUUUGAUAGAUUUAUCUUAUAUGAUUUGUGAUAUUUGGGAUAUUUUUUGUUAAUAAAGAUUUGAUUUUUGUA